AUGGCCUUUUCCAGGAAGCCUCCAUCACGGCUUCUCAACCUUCCCGCUGAGAUCCGGAACCUCAUAUUCGAAUACGCCGUCACCUCUCAGAAGACCGUAGUCACGUUCCGUCCCGACCACUUUCAGCGCGAUUCUUUCACUGCUGCGACACAACCACCUCUGACUAGAGUCAGCCGGCAGGUCCGAUCCGAGAGCUUACCCAUUUACUACGAAUGCAAUGACUUUGUCUUACACACGGAGAGUCCGAAAGCAGACGACGCUCUCAUCUGGCUGACAUGUAACUGGCUACACUUGAGGAAAUUGAGGCGCCUCUCGUUCUGGAUCCGGUACGUUCCAUCGGCAAACAGCCGCGCCUCAUCGCAAGGCGCAAUUUGUGUCACCAUGGUUCGGCCAAAGAAGAAUUCGGCCUGGGAAGUCAACAAGCACUGGUCAUGGGUUACAGUUGUGCGAAAACCGGCGGGAUUGGAGGACGAUGUUAAGUUAAUGCUCGAGAAGCUUGAUACUAUGACCCGGGAGGUUUCCAGAGAGGAUGCGAACCCGGAUGGCUAUUUCCGAUUAAUGACCGACUUGCGAGCGUUUUACAUACAGGAGAAAUUGUCAUAA